ACGGCAGGGCGCUCGGCUCAGGCUGUCACAAGUGAUCAGUGAUGUUCACGGCAGAGAAGGAUAAUUUGGUGCCGGCUCCGGGCGAGGAAGGGGGUUGGGAGCUGCCUACUGCUCAGCUUAGAGCGUGGAUGGAUUUUCCUGCCCGUGUGUAGGUGGGUUGUGGAGCCACAAGACUAUUGCGGGUGCGUGGCCUUGUGCUGGAUCACCCCUGUGCAAAUGGGCUUCUCGGAGUUGGGUACAGAACCCAGGAGUCCAGACUUCCAGCCUCUCCCCCCACGAGGCCCCCACUCCUCUCCCAGAGCUGGGAUAGAACCCAGGAGCCCUGACUCCCAGCCCCCGUUUGACCCGCUAGGACCCCCUCCCCAAGCUGCUCUAAAGCAGGGAGGGGGUGGCUGUGCUCUUUGCAGGCUCCUGUUUCUGCGGGGAGGGGAAGGGUCUCCAGCAGGAGCAGCGUGUGACCCCUUGCCCUGGCUGCUCUCCCCACCAGCAAGGCUGAUUUUCCCUCCCCACCCCACCCCUCCCCCGUCCCAUCAGCAGUGCCUGUCCCCUCCCCUGUUUGGGGGUGUGACCCCCUUCCUUCUCCCCGCCCCCAGGGGGGCAGGGCUGGCUCCGCUUCCCUCCCCGCUGGUUCCCCGGCCGGCCGGGCCGCGCCGUACCCUGCUGCCCUGCGGUUCCCCGGGGACCAUGAGCCUCUUGCGGGACGUCUCCCUGCUGGACCCCCGGCUCCGCUACGAGCUGAUCCAGCGCAUCGGGGCGGGCACCUACGGCGAUGUCUACAAGGCCCGGGACACCCAGACAGCAGAGCUGGCUGCCAUAAAGAUCAUCAAACUGGACCCAGGGGAUGACAUCAGCUCCAUCCAGCAGGAGAUCACAACGCUCAGGGACUGUGGGCACCACAAUGUGGUGGCGUAUUUCGGCAGCUAUCUCAGGAACGACCGUCUCUGGAUCUGCAUGGAGUUUUGUGGAGGAGGAUCCCUGCAAGAAAUCUACCACACCACAGGCCCCCUCUCUGAGAAGCAGAUUGCCUACGUGUGCAGAGAAACGCUGCAGGGCCUGAGCCACCUACACGCCAAAGGCAAGAUGCACCGGGACAUAAAGGGAGCCAAUAUCCUACUCACCCUCUUUGGAGAUGUGAAACUGGCGGAUUUCGGAGUCUCAGCUGAGCUGACAGCAUCAGUGGCGAAGCGGAAGUCCUUCAUUGGGACCCCCUACUGGAUGGCCCCUGAGGUGGCUGCAGUGGAGAAGAAGGGUGGCUACAACCAGCUGUGUGACAUCUGGGCCAUUGGCAUCACGGCCAUUGAGCUGGCCGAGCUGCAGCCCCCGCUCUUCGACCUUCACCCCAUGAGGGCCCUGAUGCUCAUGUCCAAGAGCAGCUUCCAACCCCCGAAACUGAAAGAUAAAGCUCAUUGGUCCCCAGAAUUCCACCAUUUCCUCAAACUGGCCCUGACCAAGAACCCCAAAAAGAGACCCACAGCGGAAAAACUGUUACAGCACCCAUUCACCAGCCAGCCCCUUGCCCGCAUCCUGGCCACUGAGCUACUCGACAAGGUUAACAGCCCUGACCUGCCUGCCCCCUCCCUGGACGACGGAGACUUUGAGGCUUACGACAUCUUCCCAGACAAAAUCCAUUCCCGUGGGGCACAUGGCCAGGCAGAACGGACUCUCUCCGAAAUCCAGUUUAAUCACGUUAAAUUCGGGCCCCCACUGAGAAAAGAAACAGAACCAUAUUGUGGUCUGAGGGAAGAGGAGGAUGAUUGGACGUUGCUAGGCGCUGAAGAGAGUCUCCUGCAGUCUGUGGAGGAGGCGUUGGAAGAAAGGAGUUUGACCAUCCGCCCAGCAUCUGGACAGGUCCCCACCCCAGAGGAUCAGCCUGUGGGCCCUAACUGCGUCCCUGAGAAUGAGACGGGAACAAUCAAGAGAGCAUCGCUAUGGGACCUGAUGAAUUGGGAGCUGGAGGGCAUGGAGACUGGGGGUGGCUCAGAGACCAUGAGGAGACAGACCCCAGCAGGCAGCCGAGAGUCAGGUGACGUCCCACCCCCCCAGCACACUGGCUCCCCAGAGCCUGGAGCCUCCCUGCUCUCCACCGAAUGGGCCACCAUGAAGAGGAGGGAGGAGACAGAGAGAUCCAGCUGCCAUGGGUUGCCCCCCACCCCCAAGGUCCAUAUGGGUGCUUGCUUUUCCAAAGUCUUUAAUGGCUGCCCUCUAAAGAUCAACUCAGCUGUGACGUGGAUUCACCCGGAGACCCGAGAUCAAUACCUGGUGGUAGGGGCUGAGGAGGGGAUUUACACACUCAACCUGCAUGAACUCCAUGAGGACACCAUGGAGAAGCUCCUGCCCCACAGGUGUUCCUGGCUGUACUGUAUGAACAACGUGCUGCUCUCCUUAGCAGGGAAAUCCUCCCAGAUCUCCUCUCACAACCUUGUGGGCCUCUUUGAGCAGCGGAGGCAGCUGCAGAAGCGGCAGGUCCCCCUCUCCAUUGCCACCAACCGGCUGACUGAGCGCAUCAUCCCCAGGAAGUUUGCGCUCUCGUCCAAGAUAGCGGAUACCAAGGGCUGCCUCAAGUGCCGAGUGGUUCGGAACCCCUAUUCUGGCAACACCUUCUUGUGCGCUGCUCUUCCCUCGAGCCUGGUGCUGUUGCAGUGGUACGAGCCCUUGCAGAAGUUCAUGCUGCUGAAGCACUUUCCUGCGGCCCUGUCUAUGCCCCUGAGCCUGUUUGAGCUGCUUGUGGUGGAGACGGAAGAGUACCCCCAGGUGUGUGUGCGUGUUGUGGACCGAGAUCAGCCGAGCCAGGAGUUGGAGUUUAAUGUCCUCUCGCUCAGCACCAACUCCAGCCUCAGCACUGAGCCCUCUGCAGAUGGGGCUUCCAGUGUGGCCUGCCACGUGACUCAGAUGGACAGAGACACAGUCCUCGUUUGCUUUGAGCGGUAUGUAAGGACGGUGAACCUGUGUGGGGCCCCCAAGAGAGCCCUGGCCCCAGAGCUGACCUUCAACUUCCCCAUUGAGACAAUUGUGUGCCUUCAAGACAGCGUACUGGCCUUCUGGAAACAUGGCAUGCAGGGCCGCAGCUUGGAGGGCAACGAGGUGACCCAAGAAAUCACAGAUAAAUCCAGGGUGUUCCGGGUGCUGGGAGCCAACAGAGAUAUCAUCCUGGAGAGCACGCCCACAGAGAAUCCCUUGGCUCACAGCAACCUCUACAUCCUAACGGGACACGAGAGCAGCUACUGAGCGUGCAGAACUGCCUUUCCAACAUCCCGUGUAGACUGAUGCAGAGUGGGUGGAGGGGAAAUCCUGCUGUGAUGUUUAAACCGCUGACAGCUGAGAAGCUCAGUGGAGGCGCACAGGUAGCGGGAGCCUUGGGGAAAUAUUCCCAUGAGUGGGGCCUGUCUUCUGCUGCAGGAAUCCAUGUCAGAUGAGUUCUACUCUAUAAACUCUACAGUCCACUUGUCCUAUUGUCCAAAGUCUUCCUGAGAUAUACCCCUGCUUUUCAGGAGUGUAUGGAGAGAUUCCCUCUCCCCUUUUAGGGCCAGCAUCUCCUGAGACCCUUACGUCUGCAAUAAUUGACUACCCAGUCCAAAGACACCUCUGCAGUCUGUCUUGACUGAUACCUGUGCCUGUUGAAUGCUUCCCCCUCCCUCCCCGUUCUUAACCCUAAGAAGAUGUGUUCUGGAGACACAGGGUGAGUGUGUCCUCCUCCUCCAGCUUCAACAUGAAGACAAUCGGUUUUCUAGUGGAUGCAUUGUGUUCCCUAUGUAGCACUUAAGGUCCAGAAAUCUGGCACACGCCUUCAGCUGCAAAAGGAGUGGGAAAGCAAUUCUGCGUCUUGUCAUUCAAGGUGUGAGCAACGAGCAAUGCCUGAGGUGGGACAAACCUAUUGAAUUUAAUCAGUGGCUGGGAUAGCUGUUUGACUAUUUUGGUAAUGGUUGUGCCGAUUGCUUGGCUGGAUGUGUUUUGAUGGGGGAUGAGUGGGAUGGCUAGCUGGGCGUCCAGAUUGGCUGGUUUGAGCAGCUGGCUGGUGGCUUGGUUGGUUGGGUGUGGUGGUUAUUAGGAUGAGAUGAGUUCAUUUGGACGGCAGGGUUGGUUUAGAAGUGGCUGGGGCAGUGCUUGGGUUGAAUGGGGGGAAAUGUGUUUGGUUGAUGAGGCAGGUACAGUAGCUAGGUAAGGGACUUGAUUACUGAACAGGCCACUCGCUUGGUAGAGUGGGUGGCUGAUUGGUGUAAGAGAGGUUUGAGUGUGUCUGCUAUGGAGGGGCUGGGUGCAUGGCUGGCAUGACUGGUAUUUUGAGUGUGAAAAGAUGGGUGGUCAGAUGACUGCUUUGAAAUGAAGCAGAGUGCUUCAUACUGGCAGGCAGUAUGUUGCAUUGGCUGGCUGCUGGGAUGCCUUGUUCUUUUGCUACCUUGGAAACCAGUGCCAACCCCAAAUGCCAGUGUGACAGAGACCAGGAUCCUGGGGCUGACGGCUCUAGUAACUCAGGCAGUGGAAGCUUUCCUUUCCGUUUUGCUAAUUUCUCUGUGGUUUUUAACUGAAAGCUGGAAUUUAUGGGUAAAAGAAACCAAACUUGAAAAAAUAUGCUAUUUAAAAGAUAAAGAGAUAUUAAACCUG